GCUCUCGUUUCUCCUUUCCCCUCCUCCCAUCUUUCCGUCCUGUGAUACCCCAAAUCGUCUUUGUUGCACUUUUUGCUUCACAUACACACCUACCACCACCAUGUCUUCCGCUCCUCUUCGCCUGGGCUCUAUUGCCCCCAACUUCAAGGCUGAGACCACCAAGGGUCCCAUUGACUUCCACGAGUUCAUUGGCGACAACUGGGUCAUCCUCUUCUCCCACCCGGAGGACUACACGCCCGUCUGCACCACCGAGCUCGGCGCCUUCGCCAAGCUCGAGCCCGAGUUCACCAAGCGCGGCGUCAAGCUCAUCGGCCUGUCGGCCAACACCGUCGACAGCCACGAUGGCUGGAUCAAGGACAUUGACGAGGUGACCGGCUCCAAAGUCUCGUUCCCCAUCAUUGGCGACAAGGAGCGCCAGGUCGCCCUCGCCUACGACAUGAUCGACCACCAGGACGCCACCAACGUCGACUCCAAGGGCAUUGCCUUCACCAUCCGCUCCGUCUUCAUCAUCGACCCCAAGAAGACCAUCCGCCUCAUCCUCUCCUACCCAGCCUCCACUGGCCGCAACACCGCCGAGGUCCUCCGUGUCGUCGACUCCCUCCAGACCGGUGACAAGCACAAGAUCACCACCCCGAUCAACUGGGUACCCGGCGACGACGUCAUCGUCCACCCCUCCGUCUCCAACGACCAGGCCAAGGACCUCUUCCCCGAGUUCCGCAUCGUCAAGCCCUACCUUCGCUUCACUCCCCUCCCCAAGGAGAAGGCCACCGUCGCCUAAACGGGCUGUGAUGGUCCGGGUAGUUUAGCGAAAAUGUAGAAAAAAGAAUGGAAUGAAACAAAUUCAAAAAA